AUGCGCACAGCGCCGGCGGAAGCGGCGGCAGCGGCAGCGCUGGCGGAGCAGCAGCAGCGGGGCAGCGGCGGCAGUGCCCGGGUGGGGCUGUGCCUGCUGUGCGGGCUGCCCGCGGCCGGCAAGUCCACCCUGGCCCGCGCCCUGAGCCGCCGGCUGCCGCAGCGGCCGGGCUGGGCCUGCGCGCUGCUCGCCUACGAUGAGCUGAUCCCGCCGGAGGCCUUCCUGCCGCGCGCGCCGGGGGCGGGCCCGCAGGAGCCGUGCCCAUUGCUGCCCGGCUGGAAGCAGAGCCGCCGCGAGCUGCUGCAGUGCCUGGAGGGAUUCCUGCGGGCGCUGCUCACCGGGGCGCCGCCGGCCGGCCCCGCGCAGCCGGGCUGGGAGCGCUUCCUGGGCUGCUGCCGCCGGCAGGGGCUGCUGCCCGCCGCCGAGGGUGAGCCCGGAGCCGCCUCCCGGCCGCUCCUCCUCCUGCUGGAUGACAACUUCUAUUACCAGAGCAUGCGCUACGAGGUGUACCAGCUGGCCCGCAAAUAUUCCUUGGGCUUCUGCCAGUUAUUUUUAGAGUGUCCACUGGAACGCUGCCUGCAGAGGAAUCGCCUCAGAAGUGACCCUGUGCCUGAGCAGACAAUACAAUUAAUGGCAAAGAAAAUAGAAAUGCCAGAUCUCAGGAAAAACGCUUGGGAGCAGCACAGCCUCAUUCUGAAUAGUUCUGAUUGCAUCUCAGAGGAUGAUGAGCAGAUCAUGAAUUUGCUGGCCACUGCUUUGGAAAAUCCAGAGAGGCCAAACGAGGAGGACACGGAGCAAAAGGAGGCAGCUCGAGCCAUCUGUGCAGCCAGUGCUGUCCAUCAGGCUGACCAGGCGUGCAGGAGAGUCAUCUCUCAGGCAAUGCAGGAUGCCAAAGGUAAAAAUGUUCUCCCAAGUGAGAUGAAGAGCCUGGCAGAAGAACUCAACAAACUGAAAGCAGAAUUUUUGGAAGACUUGAGGCAAGGAAAGACUUUGAAAACCCAAUAUUCUGACCCUGCUGCAAGUGUUAUUUCUCCAUUCCAACAUGAGGCAACCAAUGUAGUAAAUAAGUAUAUUUUAAAAUGAUGACAUAGAGAAUAUGUUGGGUGUUUAGGAGUUUCAAAUGCAGUCUCUGAGCAUUCUGCUGAGAGAUCUGAGGUGCAGCUCCCUUCUCUGGAGCUCCUGUGCCUCCUCUCCCCAUGAUAUGGAAGAGACAGUUUAAUCAAGUCUAACCAAGCUCUUCUUGGCUGUGGAGAUGAAGCCAAGAGCAAACCAUGCUGAGAUUUAAAUUUAAUGGAAUCAGAAAGAGUUAACCCAGGAGGAGCACUUGGGAAAUCACAGCUCCACCCAUGGAAGGAUCUGCAAUUAAGAACUGACAUGAGACCUAAUUAGAAAGUGUUAUUUUAUUCGUAUCUUACAAAAGCAAAGCUUCACAACAUGAACUACACGAGAUAGAGUUAUUUCAGAAUUAACCUUGUCAUCUCAAAAACGUUCACUAACAUUAAAAUUUAUUUUACAACUCUAACAGGUUUUGUUUUUGCAUAAAAUCUGCUCUUUACACUGAAAUACAUAUUAUUAACAAAGUAGGUACUUAGAUGCACAUACACAAAGAUUGCUCAAUGAAAAAUGCUUUAGCAGGAGAGAUUUCCUGCAGCAGAACAUCCAUUUGCUGUAGCUUUUCAAACAAGCUUAAAAUUAGUAGAAAACUUGCCAGUGAAGACUUCUAAAUUACAUUCCCUCUGUCAAAAAGAAACAAAAAGCAAACCCCAAAACGUUCUGGAACAAAACAAACAGUAACAGAUUAUUUGGUUGGAAAACACUGCUGGAAAGUGUCUCCCAGCACUGAGUUUUAUAUUAAAAUGCCAAUCAACAUUUUAUGUCUAAAUCCUCUUCAUCUAAAUAUAUGUCUGUGAAAAAACAACUUUUUUCCUAUUGCCUCCUUCACAGAUGAAGUAUUAACUGAGAUAAUGAAGCUGUUCAAAUAUUUGUAUGUUCAUUGGAAUAUUCAGUCUCCAAACAGUAAAUGUGUAUUAAGAGUGCUAUAAAUAGUGCAUGUUAGAAAUGUCCACAAGGCUAUAAAACAAGCAUGACAAUAAAAACAAAACCCCCACAAAGUUCAUGUUUACAACUACAGAACUUAACAGAAAAUUCCAUCUUCUUCCCAAACUUCCAGUAAUAACAGUUAAAAUUCUAAUCACUCAUUACCUUAUAAUAUAAGGAUUUGGGUUUAAAAAAACAAACAAACAAAAGUAAGAGCAGUGUAGCACAUGGAGGAUUCAAUAAGAAAAGUUCUUUUAAGGAUUCAAUCCCAGAAUCCUGAACAAAUCUCCCUCACUGACUCUGGGUAAGGCCUGCUUGUGCAAGGGAUCAUACUUGGAAAGAAUUUGCUAGUACCAACUCUGAUCUUUAAAUUAUAGUCAAAAGUAUGUAUAGAACAGGAAAAAUAGGAAAAAAGUUCCUCAGUUGACAGAAGGGGACAAUGAUGUCAGGACAUUGUUUGGCACAACUGAACACACAGUGUGAUCAUGGAACAUGAACAAUCCCAGUCCUGGGAAUCCACCCCAGGGAUCUGGGAUGAGCACCAAAGCUGCUGCUGCUGCCCAAGAACCCCCCUGCAACGAGGAGUUUGCCCAAGGAAACAGGAAAAAGAGUUUAUUCAUUCCUCAAUCAUUCACGGAUGUCCCAACUAAUCUUUCCCUCAGUUACUCCAGAGCAGAACCCAGGCAGCAGCAGAAAAUCCUUCCAAACAAUGAUUUGCGACGCUUGGGGAUAGAUUUUUUCAUACUGAGUUUUGUUUUUUAAGAACACACAUUCCCCACAACAGGAUCCCCUCCUAAACAAGGGCCCCUUUCCCAUGAGAUCCUGGCUUCCUCUUGCUCCCAACUCCUCCAUCAGUGACCUGUCCUCAGUUUUGUUUAAAUAUUGUGCUCAGGAGUCAUUUCUCUAAAUCACCAAAUCCUGAGACAAAGAAAAGCCUCCAACAAUGUUAACACUGCCAACAGAAGCCCCAGUGCACAUGGAAGUUACUUCCCCUUUGAGACCAGGAAGGAAAAACCCACAAAGCAAGGAGAACUUGGCUGCUGUGAUCUCUCAGUACUCCAGGUGCUCCCUGGAGCAGCACCAUUCCACAAGUUCCUUGGAAAUGCCAGAGCUUAGGAAUGAGGAGAUUAUCAUUCUGUCAAAAAGGCAAGGAAAACCACUUCCAUAAAUUACUAAUUGUAAAGUCUUCAAGAGGAAUGUCUCUUAUCCUAACACUGUAUUUGAGCCAAAUUUAAAUUGUAGAAUUGUUCAAUGUGUGAUCCAAAGACAGCCACCAUUUCUGCCCUCUUUGACUGGAAAAAAAAAAAAAAUGGAUUCCAAAGUCUGUCCAGGAGCAGGCACUUCUAACUGGAUUCCAGUUCAAUCAGCUUUUAAAUAAAACAAAGGAUGCAGUUCUUAAAAUGAAGGAUGUUUACACACACAGACUUGCAGUUUUACUUAUAAAAUAAAUCUAAAAAGUAUAAAGCAACAAUGAAAUAUUUUGCAAUUACAGUGUCCUGAUGAAAAAUGGAAAUUACAUUGUCUUACAAAUCCAGCAAAACUAAUUCUGAACCAGGCCUGAAAAUAGAACAAUUUUUAGCAGUGACAGUGUUACUGUUCAUCUUCACUACACUGGAACCACUUCAGUGGCAGAUUUCUGACCUCAUUACUACAAGACUGCACAGCCAAGAACCCAGUUCCUCAGGAACAGAAAUUCAACAGGUCAGUCAGGCAGACAGAAACAUGUGUGGUAUCCAUGUUUCUAUUUAAUUAAAGUCAAAAUUAUUUUUACAGCUAAAAUUCUUCCACAGGUGGUUUUCCUGCAUUGAUCUCACCCUGAUCACUCUUAAGUUUUUCCAUUAAUUUCAGGAUUUUAGCUCCCAUAACAAUAUAAAUUUGAAUAAGCCAAACAUUUGCUAUUCAGAUUCCAACCUCUGACUUGUGGAACAUUAAUAAAAUCUUCUUCCUUUUAACAAAAUACAGUUUGCUGAUAGGAAAAGGGGAAUAUAUGAAGAAAGCUUUAAUUUGUCUCAGGUAGGACAAAUCAAGGUAAAAGUGCAUGUCUAAAUAUAGCAAAAGUAACAGUUCUUCCUUUCUUUUUAAUGUCUCAAAUUCUUAUCUAGUACAUAAAGUUAUUAUUAAUUUUAAUUAGAUGUUUUAUUCAGGUUUAUGUUAAAGUGCCUGUCCUUUAGCCUGAGGGCUUCUAAAGAUGAGUGUACACUAUGAAACAAAAUAAACAACUUCAGUUACCAUUUGCCAUUUACAAUUCCUAACAACAACUUCAGUUUUCUUUUGCAUCCUACACAGAGCCCAGAAAAAGCCAGAAUUCCUUCCCCUUAUUCCCAGCACACCCAAAGGACAUCAAACCAGGUCUCCAAACCAGCUGAAAUGUACAAUAAACUGCAUUAUACAACUCUCAAAAAUACAGGCAACCUCUCAGUUGAAGCCUGGCCCAACAGAAAACUGAACAAAGGAGUUUUAAUUUGUAAACUGUUUUUUGUUUCUAUCAGAACUUCUGUCAGCAGGACAGAAGUCUAAUUGUGCAAAUUUUAAAAAUCUGUACAACUCAGUUUAAGGCAGUUAGAAAUCUCACAGAAUAUAUACUAGUUCUACAGGCUCUUCCU